GUCAUAUUUUGCUCGAGCUUAUCCUUCAAAACCUUUUAGCCCAGAUCAGGCCAAUCUCUACUUCUAAGCUUUCUUAUUGAUGUUUAUAUAUAGACAUCAUUCAGCCAUCUGUAAUGAUUCUAAUAUUUUAUAGUCCUGGCGAAAUUAUCUGAUAAAAUGAGUAAGAAGAUGAACCAACCCCUUGAGGAGUGGAUCAAGCCUGAGAACAUCACAAUGGUCAUCAUGGGUAUUGAACUCAUCAAGACCACUAUCGUUCUUGGAUAUAACACCUAUGAGGAGCAAGACUUUGCUUGCUAUUAUGAACACAUGCAGAAUAUUCUUAGGGGUAAUCUAGAGUAUGAUAAGAUUGGAAGUAGAGCAGGAGGUCUUGUGUAUCCAGCAUUACAUACAUACAUUUUGCUGUUCUUUUAUCAAUAUUUGUCAGAUGACGGGAUGUAUUUUAGGCCUGUACAAUGCUUUUCAGCUAUUACUUAUUUAGGAUGUGUUUAUUUGAUGAUUAAGAUUACCCAAUUGGCUUUUAAAAAGGAGCCAAAGAGAGCUAAUAUUCUUAUUUUGCAUUGUUUUACAUGGACUAUCUACAACAUUGCUAUUGUUAAGCUUUUUAAUGAUCUUUAUUGCGUAUUCUUCUCUCUGCUCGGAGUCUAUCUUUUUCAGAAAUCUCAAAACUUUGCAGGAGUGCUCAUGUUUUCACUUUCUUUGGGAAUCAAAAUGAGUGCUUGAUUAUAUCUCCCAGCUAUCUAUUUCAUAGCCUCGAGAUCAGAAGGGAUACUCAUUGGAACGUUGUAUUUGAUCUUCAUUGCUGCUUUCCAAAUUCUUAUUGCUCUUCCAUUCUUAGAAGUAUCAGCACAUGGUUAUAUUUCAAGUGCAUUUGACACGACCAGAGGAUUCCUUCUCCAACAUAGCUUCACUUUCAAGUUUCUCCCUACAGAUUUCGGAGACAAUUUCUGGUUUAAGACUGUAACCCUAAGUAUCCAUCUCUUUAGUUUGCUCUACUUUUUGCUAUUCAAGUGGACAACUCUGAAGAAAGUCUUUAAAGAGAUUUCUUUAUGGCCAUUCAGAUUCCUUCCCAGUUUUAAGGAGCAAGAUCCUCUAUUUAUUGCUGAGGUGUUCUUUAUCUGUAAUUUCACUGGUAUUCUAUGGUCAAGAGGUAUUCACUUCCAGUUCAUCAUCUGGUUCCUAUUCAGUUUCCCAUUUCUGAUAGAAGUUGGAAGUCCAAGUAUUCGUCAUUGGAGAGCUAGGCAUGUGAUCUCAUUAUUUUGAAUAUUUGAAUUGUUCCUUUCAAUUAGACCAGAUUACCUUGUUGCUACUGCAACAAUGGUUCAUAUCGGAAUGAUGAUUGUCUGGAUCAGACUCUGUAUGAAGCCUAGAACCGAAGAGAACAAGCUAGAAAACCUUGAGCAUGAGAUGAUUGAAGAUCAUACCAAAGAAAGAGAAUUUGAAUUCUUACCUAGAUAA